AUGAACUUUGACAUUUCAUCUUGGAAAUCAACAGAUUUUAAAAAUUUAAAGAGUCUUGAAUUGAGAUUCUCAAAGAUAAUAGGUUCCAUUGAUGAAAGUUUUUGUUCAAUAUCUAUAAUGGUCAAUGAUAAUAAUCUAAGUGGAAAAAUUCCAUCAUGUUUUUAUUGUUUUAAAACUAUUAAUGAUGUUGCUUUCAAUUCCAUGUUUAUAAAUAAUCAAUUUUCAAAUUUUCCCCCAAUUCCAUUCUGUACUUCAAUUUUACCCAAUGCAUGGUACAAUGAAACCAAUAAAUAUUUAUAUAUUUACGGUCAAGAUAUAGGUAAAAAAUCAACAGAUAUGGUGCUUUCUGGACAAUUAUCAAGUAUAGUAAUGAGUCCAGUUAUACCUCUUCAAAAAUUUGAAUCAACAUAUAUACUUAAAAAAGAUUUACCAUUAAUGUUUGAUGUGACCUUUAAUGCAAAUGCAAGUGCAACCAUACCAACCCAAACCUUUACACUUUCAACAUUUCCUACAAAUCCAAAUGUAACAAAUAUUAUUCCAAAUGGAAUAACAAAACAAAUAGUUUUUAAAGGUUUAUAUUUUAGUUAUAAUAUAACAUCAAUUAAAGUUAAAUUAGGUAGUUUUGAUUGUCAAGUUGUUGCUUCAACAUUUUAUAUUAUAACAUGCUCAACUCCAAAUGGAUACGAUUUUACCCAAACCAAUGUUUUAACAACCAUUAGUAUUGAUAAUAAUAGUCCUGGUAAUAUUUAUCCACCACUAUUAGCACAAUAUAUGAUAAAUAUGAAUUAUGAAAAUAAGAUAUGUGCUAUAAAACAAUGUCCAAAUAAUUGCAGUAAUCAAGGUACAUGUAAUCAAGAAACUGGUAUUUGUGAUUGUAUUCCUACUAGAGAUGGAGAAGAUUGUUCUAAUUAUAUAUGUAUACCCGAUUGUUUAAAUGGUGGUGUUUGUAUUGGACCCAAUAAUAAAUGUAAAUGUCCAACAAAAUAUUCAUCAUCAGAUUGUUCAGUUCUAUCUCAUUAUGUUACAUCAGUAUCACCAUGUUCAAUUAAUGGUGGAAAUGUAACACUUUACGGUUUAUUUCCUGAAACAACAUUAGAAUAUAUUGUUAAAAUUGGAAUAUAUAGUUGUCAAGUUAAACAAAAAUCAAAUUCAGAAAUUCAAUGUUUAUUAGGUCCAGGUACAGGUACCCAUAAUGUUAUUGUUACAUUAUCAAAUCAUAGCGAUGUUUAUUUCACUGGUGUUGGUAUUUUCAAUUAUUUCAAUACAAUAAAAGAAUGUCCAAGUAAUUGUACAUCAUCUUCCAAUGGUCAAUGUAAUACAAAUACUGGUUCAUGUUUUUGCCAAAAAGAUUAUAUUGGUUUUGAUUGUUCAACUAAAAUAGAAUUAGAAUCAACAAUUCCACCUGUUGAAACAAAAGUAGAUACAAAUUAUGGUGGUGCACAAAUAUACAGCGAACAAACAGCUUUUAACAUAUCAGUUAUUGAAUUAAAUGAAAUUUCAAUCGAUGGUACUGUUGUUGCUAAUCAUACAUUACAAAAUAAUUGGAUUGUUACAAAUAAGCAAAAUAAUAUUUAUACUUUUGAACAAAAUAUAAACAAUUUAUCAAAAAUAAUCUAUACAAUUGAAGAAGUUACCAAAGAAAAAGAAUUUCAAUUCGGAAGUACAACUUAUAUUGUUCCAAAAGAAUCACUCAAAAUAUCAGUUAAUAUUUCAAAUUAUCAAUAUCAAAACUCGUUAAAUACACUUACAUUGUCAUUCGUAUCGAGAGUGUCUGACAAAGACAAUGGUAACAAUAAUAAUAAAUGUAAUGAAAAAGAAACAGUAAUCGAUUCAUCAAAUGCAAAUAAUCAAAGAGAUGUUAACUAUAUUAAAGUAUUCAAAAAUUCACAUCAAUUAAUAGGUAGAUUUAUCAAUAAAGUAAUAUCAGAUGGAAGGGAAACAUUCUUAUCAAGUUCAAUUAACACUAUUACAACCAAUAAUAAUACACUCGAAAACGGUAUUAUUUUAUCACUAAAUUUACCCCAUUGUGAAUAUUCUUGUUUUAUUGAUCCUGAUUUCAGUGUAUUGGUAACAUCAGAUUACAAAUCGGACUGUAUAAAAGAUAAAAACAACUGGAUAAUUCCCGUAGCAGUUGUUGUACCCUGUGUUUUUGUUGUUGCAUCGAGUGUAGCUAUAGCUAUUUUAUAUAAAAAGAAUAGACUUAAAUUAAAACUUCUCGGUAUUAAAUUAAAAAAAUUUACAUAA